CCCGGGCCAGGACCCGCUCCCUUCUCAGACCCGGCCCCCUACCUCGCCUAGGGCCCUGCCCUUCCGCAGAGCAGGCCCCGCCUCACCCCCCGCGAUUUGGUCUCCCGAGCCGGCGCGCGCGGUUCCCGUCACUAGCACGCGCGGUGGCGGCGGCGGGAAGAUGGCGGAGUCCGGCGGCAGCGGUGGCGCUGGUGGCGGCGGCUUCGGCGCCGGUCCGGGCCCCGAGCGCCCGAGCAGCAUGGCUGACAAGAACGGGGCCCUGAAGUGCACCUUCUCGGCCCCCGGCCACAGCACCAGCCUCCUGCAGGGCCUUGCCAUGCUCCGCGCCCAGGGCCAGCUCCUGGACAUCAUGCUCACCGUCAACCGAGAGACCUUCCACGCGCACAAGGUGGUCCUGGCUGCCUGCAGCGACUACUUCAGGGCCAUGUUCACGGGUGGCAUGCGGGAGGCGAGCCAGGACAUCAUUGAGCUGAAGGGCGUGUCGGCCCGCGGCCUGAGGCACAUCAUCGACUUCGCCUACAGCGCUGAGGUGACCCUGGACCUGGACUGCGUGCAGGACGUGCUGGGCGCCGCCGUGUUCCUGCAGAUGCUGCCUGUGGUGGAGCUGUGCGAGGAGUUCCUCAAGGCCGCCAUGAGCGUCGAGACCUGUCUGCACAUCGGCCACAUGGCCACCACCUUCAGCCUGGCCUCGCUCAAGGAAUCAGUGGACGCCUUCACCUUCCGGCACUUCCUGCAGAUAGCCGAGGAGGAGGACUUCCUGCACCUGCCGCUCGAGCGCCUGGUCUUUUUCCUGCAGAGCAACCGGCUGCAGAGUUGCGCCGAGAUUGACCUGUUCCGGGCGGCCGUGCGCUGGCUGCAGCACGACCCAGCCCGGCGCCUGCGUGCCAGCCACGUGCUCUGCCACAUCCGCUUCCCACUCAUGCGGUCCUCGGACCUGGUGGACAGCGUGCAGACGCUGGACAUCAUGGUGGAGGACGUGCUGUGCCGCCAGUACCUGCUGGAGGCGUUCAGCUACCAAGUGCUGCCCUUCCGGCAGCACGAGAUGCAGUCGUCACGCACCGCCGUGCGCUCAGACGUGCCCUCGCUGGUGGCCUUCGGGGGCACCCCGUACACUGACAGUGACCGUUCCGUUAGCAGCAAGGUGUACCAGCUGCCCGAGCCGGGCGCCCGCCACUUCCGUGAACUGACGGAGAUGGAGGUGGGCUGCAGCCACACGUGCGUGGCUGUGCUGGACAACUUCGUGUAUGUGGCCGGGGGCCAGCACCUGCAGUACCGCAGUGGCGAGGGCGCCGUGGACGCCUGCUACCGCUACGACCCCCACCUCAACCGCUGGCUGCGCCUGCAAGCCAUGCAGGAGAGCCGGAUCCAGUUCCAGCUGAACGUGCUGUGCGGCAUGGUGUACGCCACGGGCGGCCGCAACCGGGCCGGCAGCCUGGCCUCAGUGGAGCGGUACUGCCCGCGGCGCAACGAGUGGGGCUACGCCUGCUCGCUCAAGCGCCGCACGUGGGGCCACGCGGGCGCCUCGGUGGGGGGCCGCCUGUACAUCUCGGGUGGCUAUGGCAUCUCGGUGGAGGACAAGAAGGCCCUGCACUGCUACGACCCCGAGGCCGACCAGUGGGAGUUCAAGGCGCCCAUGAGCGAGCCCCGAGUGCUCCACGCCAUGGUGGGCGCCGGCGGCCGCAUCUACGCUCUCGGCGGCCGCAUGGACCACGUGGACCGCUGCUUCGAUGUGCUGGCCGUGGAGUACUAUGUGCCUGAGACAGACCAGUGGACCAGCGUCACCCCCAUGCGGGCUGGCCAGUCCGAGGCUGGCUGCUGCCUGCUGGACAGGAAGAUCUACAUCGUCGGGGGCUACAACUGGCGUCUCAACAAUGUGACUGGCCUCGUGCAGGUGUACAACACCGAGACGGACGAGUGGGAGCGCGACCUGCACUUUCCCGAGUCCUUUGCCGGCAUCGCCUGUGCCCCCGUGCUGCUGCCCCGGGCUGGGCCCCGCAGGUAGCUCCCCGGACCCCGGUUACCGGCUUGGCUGUCUGCUGUUUCUGCCAGGGGCUUGGUGGGCGCGGGUCACCGCAGAGAACUGGGCCACCCUACCCCUGGGCCGGCCUCCUGGGGCCUGCCACGUGGGUACGGCACUCUCUGCGCCCCUGCUUCCUUCCUGAAGCAGAUUCUGGCUCCACGCCCUCGGGGGGAGCCUGCUAGCAGCGUUGCUGACGUGCUGUGGCCGCCAGCUCACACCCGAGGUGGUUUUCUUGCCCACCUCGUGUUUCCCCUGGCGGGUGGGAGUAGGGGUCUCCCCUCUCUCCCCUCCCUCUGCCUGGAGGUCUGAGACGUUCAGAUGUGAACUCAUUUGAUCCUCCAAUUCCCCCCCACCCUCUCUGAGUUGCAUGUGUCUUUUUUUAAAAAAACACACCCCAGAUCUCUGUGACACACAGGAGCAGGAGCGGCAGCUGGGAGGUGCCUGACUGGGGCACCACCUCACUGGGGCCAGAAGGGCAUGUUUCUGCCUCCCCAGUGAGCCCGAGCUGCUGAGUGGGAGGGGACCAGUGCUCAUCUCCAUUCCUGACCUGGGUCCUGGCACCUUCAGGGUGUGCGAUUGUCUGCUUUCAGGAGGGAAAACCACAGCCACCUCCCAGAGGUGGUCCUUAGGGGCCUUAGGCCUUCCGUUUGGCUCUGGGUGACGUGCAGGGCUGUAACAAGAAUGGGGCUGAGGCUCCUUGUCCCCGGCCCUGUCCCGCGAAUGAGUGGGGACCCUGGCCUCAGAAUCUCGCAGCGCAUCCGCAUUCUGCAGGCCUGUCCCGUGGUUUUAGCUCUGCCCCUUUCUAGCCCUCUGCUCCCGCACCCCUGCCCUGUGUGCAGGUUGACGUGCCGCUGGGCCUGUGCCCUCUUGGUGCGGGGAGUCAGGCAGGCUGUGAGGCUGCUCCCUGUGAGGGAUUUGCGGCAUCUGUGGCCACGUUUGUUUUGGAGUCUAAACCUCAAAACCUUUUUUUUUUGUUUGGUUCUCUUUUGCUUUUUCUUAAGAGGCCAGCACUGCUGUCUUAUAAACGAGAUUUGUACCCUCGGGGCAACUUAAUGUGUCUCUUCUGCUGCUAAUGGACGAUUGAUGUCGUGUCUCUGUGACCCUCGCACCAUGUGAAGAAUUAACCUCAGACCUUAGCAGACGUCAUCGCCUAUUUUCCUUAUAUUUAAUAAAAAUGUUAUG